AUGUCGCUUAUAAGAACUUGCUUGUUGAGGCGACAGCUAUUGAGGUGCCCUAGAGUGAUUAACUCACCCAGGCUCUCCCAUGCCAGAGUGAUAAGGCUCAACAGCACCAGUGCAUCCGAUCCUACCCCAUCUCAAUCGGAGCCCACCAGCAGCGCCCAAGAGCAACAAAAACAGUCUGUUCCAAACUCAAACGCAAAGGAACUGAGAUUGAGCUCCAAGUCCAAACUAAACUCUGGUGGUGGCUCACCUCAAGCUGGAUCGCUUUUGGCGGAGAUUUACCCCUUGAACAAGCAAGAAAUCACCGAACAGGACUUGGACAAAUGGAUCGACGCCGUCAAGAACCUAAACGGAGGCAAAGCCAAACACGAAACCGCGGAAGAGAUAUACUUGGGCCAAUUAAUUCAACCGGAGCCCUACUUGCGUCGGAAAUUUGAGCCCACCAGAGAACAACUCGAAGAAACGUACGCCUACGCAAACAAACAAAUUCCCUUACGUUUGGACCCCACCGUGCAAAAUUUCAUCAAUUUGAUAAUGAGACACGGCCGCAAGGCGCAAGCCAGGAAGUACGUGAGUCGCGCCUUCUAUAUAGUGCAGAUGAAGUUGAGAAAGGACCCCAUUGAGGUCUUGAAGGAGACCUUGGACAAGUUGGGCCCCUUGGUCAAGACCAGGACCAUGUCGACAGGGGUAGCUAAGAAGAAAGUGGUGCCGGUGCCAUUGAACGAGAGACAGCGCAACAGAUACGCCAUCACGUGGAUUUUGGAAGCUUCCAAAAACCGCAAAUCGAAUGACUUCAGCGUGAGGUUGGCUGAGGAGUUGAUCAAUGCGUACCAGGGGAAAUCUUCGGGCUUUGAGAAGAAGGCCCAGAUGCACAAGCAGGCCACUCAACAGAGAGCCUAUAUCCAGCUCUAA